AAUUUGAAUUAUCGGAAAGUUGCAUGGUGGAUCGAGUCGGGUGCAUAUAAAUGGUGAGUUGAAGCUACACAGAUGAACAGGUAUCACUAUUUUAAUGGCGGCUGAUCAAGUUUGAAUUGAUCCGAUUCGGAAAUAUAUCCGUCGUAUAUAUAGCCGUUGAUCUCCAAAAGGUCUUCUAAAAUCGUCAAAGCUCGAUCUGGGUCAGCCUUACUUUUCCAAUUGGUUCUGGGAUUUACAUGUGCUUUCUGAAGGUGGCGAACCAGAGGAGGAGCUCAUCAGGUGACGGCCGGCCGUUUCAAGAACAAAACGACGACGUUGUCCCGGUGGACUAUGAGGAAGAAGCUAGGAGAGAUCAAUUAUUGAUGAGUAAUCAACUGGCAGUAGAAGAAGGCCGUGCGCAACCACAUCAGACGUCGACUGUGUCGCCGUCUAUGUAUUUAGGGUAUAGUCGGCCGGCGGCGGAGAUGUCGGCGAUGGUGUCAGCACUGACGCAUGUCGUAUCGGGACAGAGACAUGUCGUUUCGGGUUCAAGCGGUGGAGUUGCUUCAAGCUUCGGUCAAGUUUAUUCUGCUGCUAAUGCUAACUCUCCACCUUUGUCAGCUUUCUCUACCUCUAAUAAUAAUAAUAAUACAUCUUCCUCCUCUGGCUCCUGGGUUGGUCAAAAAAGAGGCAGAGAAGAAGAACAGAUUCAUCAAGCCCUGUUGAUGGAUCAAAGUACUAGGCCUUAUAGAGGUGCCUAUGUUGAUUUCAGAGCAACUCUGCCGGAAUCCUCAACCGGUGCAACAACUACAACAACCGUUAAUGAAGAUGACACAAAAUCUGUCACCACCGCAGCCAGCACCGUCAAGGCAACCGCUUCCACCGCAGUAACAGUAACACCAUCAGCUUCUGAUACUGUUUCAACAGAAGAAACAGGGGAGAGGAGAAGAAGAUACAGGGGAGUCCGGCAGCGGCCGUGGGGAAAAUGGGCCGCCGAGAUUCGUGACCCACACAAGGCGGCGAGAGUCUGGCUCGGCACAUUCGAGACUGCCGAGGCCGCCGCUAGGGCCUACGACGAAGCCGCCUUAAGGUUCAGGGGAAACAGAGCCAAGCUUAACUUCCCUGAAAAUGUGAGACUCAUACCACCACAGCAACCCCUCCAGAGCUACGCUCAGUCCAUCAACUCAAAUUCUGCACCAGCUCGUUUGGCGCCAAACCCGUCUGUACGGCCAUUGCAGCCACCACCACAGCCAUUGCAACAGCAACAACCGCUUUACCAGACUCAAUCUUUUCAGGGCUCCCCUGACUUCCUCAGAGACUACAUGGACUACUCUCAUUUGCUUCAGAGCUCCAUCGACGUUCACUCACAGCAACAACCCCAGCCGACGAAUCUUCUGGAGCAGAUGUACUACAAUUCCCAAUUAGCUUCACUUCAGUCCUCGCUAUUGCAACAGCCACCACCCUCAUCGUCCACUUCGUCUUCCACAUUGCCCUCCUCUACUUCCUCCUCUGCUUCAUUUCCUCUGUUUUUCUCUGAUCAUCAGCAGCAGCUAAGUUUUUUCGGGCAGCAGAAUCAGAAUCCGGGCGGUCCAUCGGGCUUUCCAGCACCAUCUUGGUCACAAUCCGGUCACAAUCAUUCAUCUUCCGGCUAAUACUACGUUCAUCAUUUUUUAUUUUCUUUUCUUCUAUCAGAUCAGAAUAUUUCUUGUUCCUCGGUUCAGAUAUUAAAUCAUAUGAAUAUACACUGUAUUUUGCACGUAGUUCUUGUUCUUUACUGGUUUAUGUAGUAUUAUUGUAAAGGAGAGAAACCAAGGGAAGCAAACGUAGAAGUAUAUAGAGAUAGAAACAAAGCGGCACUUUGGAUUGUAGGUGUUAGUUUGUUCGCAGAGUAUUAGAAACCUUUUCUCAACCUGCCUUGGUUUUGCUUUACAUUCAUAAAUCAAUGAAAGAAAGACUUUUGUCGUA